CUUGGUUUUACCUGGCAUGGCCUAUAAAAGCAAAACACAAAUCCCCAAUGAAAGCAUGCAUCAAUAGCUUCAAGCCUUCAACGAUGGAGGCUCCAUACCUGUACAUCUCCUUCCUACUGCUUCUGGCCUCCUACUUCUUCACACUCCAUCUCCAUCGCAAAUUCUCCAACCUUCCACCAACCGUUUUCCCUACCCUCCCCAUAAUUGGCCACCUAUAUCUUUUAAAACCACCAGUAUACAGAACCUUCGCCAAGAUCUCCGCCAAGUAUGGCCCCAUCCUCCUCCUCCGCCUUGGAUCCCGCCGUGUCGUCUUGCUCUCCUCCCCUUCUGCAGCCGAAGAAUGUUUCACCAAAAACGACAUCAUUUUUGCCAACCGGCCUCGCAUGCUAUUCGGUAAGAUCAUAGGCAACAACUACAACAGCCUCGUUUGGUCACCCUACGGCGAUACCUGGCGCAAUUUCCGGCGAAUUGCCUCAAAUGAGAUCCUCUCUACUCUUCGCCUCAACGAGUUCCAAGAUAUACGUGUCGAUGAAGGCAGGAUCCUGAUACGGAAACUGCUUUCUCAUUCGUCCAUGGUGGAUAUGAAGUCGGUUUUGUAUGAGCUGACGUUGAAUGUGAUGAUGAGGAUGAUCUCCGGGAAGAGGUAUUUCGGCGACGAUACACUGGAGCUGGAAGAAGAAGGGAAAAGGAUAAGGGAGAUACUGGAGGAGAGUUUUUUGCUUUCUGGUGCUGCUAAUGUUGGUGACUACUUGCCGAUUUUGAGUUGGUUGGGAGGGAAGGGAUUGGAGAAGAAAUUGCUUGUGUUGAAAGAAAAGAGGGAUGUGUUUUUUCAAGGUUUGAUCGAACAACUAAGAAAAUCGAGAGAUAAGAAGAAGAAGACGAUGAUUGAAGUGCUAUUAUCUCGUCAAGAAUCAGAUCCCAAAUACUACACCGACGAAAUGAUUAGAGGCUUGUUUAUGGUCCUGUUAUCGGGUGGAACCGAUACUUCGGCUGGAACUAUGGAAUGGGCUAUGUCACUUUUGCUAAACAACCCACAAGUUUUACAAAAGGCACAACACGAGAUGGAUACAGUCAUUGGUACAGACAAACUUAUUGAUGAAUUAGACGCCAUACAUCAUGACCCGAAUAUAUGGGUCGACCCGGAAAGAUUCGACCCUGAAAGAUUUGAAGGGGUGGAAGGGACACGAGACGGGUUUAAGUUUAUCCCAUUUGGGUUGGGAAGGAGGAGUUGUCCUGGGGAAGGGCUGGCAAUGCGGGUAAUUGGGUUGACUUUGGGGUUGCUUAUUCAAUGCUUUGAGUGGGAAAGGGUGAGUGAAAAGAUGAUUGAUAUGACCGAAGGUUUUGGGCUCAACAUGCCUAAGGCUGAACCACUUGUAGCCAAGUUUUCGCUUCCUGGUUCGUCUCCCCCACGAUUCCAUGAUUGCAAGAAAUCAGUUGCUUCUGUUGAUCCAAUGGCUUCCGAUUCGUCUGACAUAGCUUCACCUGAAGAGAAAUUACAAGGAUCGAAGGUAGAGGUUGGCUUGGUUCUCUCUCUCGACUGUCUCUUUCAGGUUUUAAUCCGCUACUGGAGUUGA